AUGGCUGGACGUAUCGCGCAGAUCGCGAAACACCUCGCACCGAACAACAUGUCUGAGAUCCACGCCGAGACUUGGGACGCAGUUCCGCUUGCUCCGCCGGACAGUAUCUUCCAGCUUACGGCCGCAUACAAGGCCGACACUUUCCCUCAGAAGAUCAACCUCGGUGUUGGCGCAUACCGCGACGACGACGGCAAGCCAUGGGUUCUUCCCGUAGUCAAGAAGGCUACGGAGCGCCUGUUCGCAGACCCGAACCUCGACCACGAGUAUCUUCCGAUCACAGGUCUUCCCGAGUUCACCUCCGCCGCAGCUGCACUCGUACUCGGCAAAGACUCCCCGGCUUUGGCUGAAGGUCGCGUCGUCAGCGUACAGACCAUCUCCGGAACCGGUGCAAACCAUCUCGGCGCCCUCUUCCUCUCGCGGUACUACGCCUUCAACGGCGAGCGUCAGGUCUUCCUCUCCGACCCGACAUGGAUCAACCACUUUGCGAUCUUUCGCAAUGUCGGGAUCGACCCCAAGACGUACCCGUACUACGACCCCAAGACGAUCGGUCUCGACUUUGACGGGUUCGUCCAGGCGCUGAAGGACGCGCCGGAGCGGAGCGUGUUUUUGCUGCACGCGUGCGCGCACAAUCCGACCGGGGUGGACCCCACGCCGGAGCAGUGGAACGCGCUGUGCGAUGUUGUCCUUUCCAAGGGACACUACGCGUUCUUCGAUAGCGCAUACCAGGGCUUCGCGAGCGGCGAUCUCGACCGGGACGCGUGGGCCGUGCGCCGGUUCGUGGAGCGGGGUGUACCGCUGUUGGUGUGCCAGAGCUUCGCGAAGAAUGCGGGGCUGUACGGCGAGCGCGUCGGCGCGCUUCAUCUCGUCGCGCCGACGAAGGAAAAGGCGGACCGCGUGAAGAGCCAGAUGAGCGUGCUGCAGCGGAGCGAGAUUUCGAAUCCGCCGGGGUACGGCGCCCGCGUCGUGUCGCUCAUCCUGAACAACGACGACCUGUUUGCGGAGUGGAAGAGGGAUAUUGUGACUAUGGCCGGGCGGAUUAUCGAGAUGCGGAAGGAGCUGUUCAGGCUGCUGACCGAGGAGCUCAAGACGCCGGGCAGCUGGAAGCAUAUUGUGGAGCAGAUCGGCAUGUUCAGUUUCACGGGGUUGAACGGGGAGCAGAGCAAGGCGCUGGUCGAAAAGGCGCAUGUGUACAUGACGGCGAACGGGCGGAUCUCGAUGGCGGGGCUGACGACGAAGAACAUACGGUACUUUGCAGAGAGCCUGGACAAGGUCGUGCGCGGGCAGCUGUAG